CACCAUCCUAAAAUAAGGUAAAUUUUGUCGCCAAUGAUAUAUUCAUGUGGAAAGAAAUUGUUCCUGUUCCUAUUGACAGCGUGCCACAAGUUGCUAUUCUUAAAUAUUCUCAAAUCGCCAACCGAUUCAGGAUAUCCAGCGAAACAAUCUAUGAAUCCUGUACCAGUUCAGUAGUGUAGCUACAUACUCAUUCCAAAACAACUUCUACGGUAGAAGUACCUCAAGUAAGGGUGCAGUUACAUGGAGUCAGAAAUAGCGGAAUGGAACGAAAACGGAAAAGACAAAUGGUAGAGGUUAACAAUUGAAACAUUCCGUUCCGUUGUUUCGAAGCUGGCUUUCACAUGAGAUAUUUUCCGCGGAACGGAACGAAACACAUAACCAAGAGAUAUCACAUCGAUCCGUCAACAUGGAACAAUUAAAGUCACAAAGGGAAAUAAGGAUAUUGUUAUAUAAAAUCAAUAAAUGGAAAAGUAUGCCACAAUUAGAAUAUUUAAAACAAAAAAAAAGAAAAAAAUUAAUUAAAGUUUAUUUAUUAUAUAAAAUUUUAAAAAACAAAGAAAAAAAGAGAAGUCUACGAACAGUAUGGGUACGGCCAAUAUUUACCGAAGAAAAAAGAUAUAAGCAAGGGGCAAGCGACAAUUUAAUUAAAGAAAUGAAAAAUGUGGAUACUGAGAAAUUUUUUGAGUAUAUGAGAAUGGACAUAGAUACAUUUAAUGAACUACUAAAGUUAAUUCAUAAAAAUAUUAUGAAACAAAAUGUUGUUAGAACUCCAAUAUCAGCAUCUACACGUUUGGAGAUAUGUUUACGCUAUUUGACUUCGGGCGAUUCUAUGUCUUCCCUUUCUUUUGCAUUUCGAGUUGGAACGAGUACAGUAUCCAAUAUUGUGGCAGAAACUUGUCAAGCGAUAUGGAAUAUUUUAAAAGAUAUAGUUUUUCCUGAAUGUACAGAAGAUAUGUGGAUACAAAAGGCUAAAGAAUUUCAAGAUAUGUGGGAUUUUCCAAAUUGUAUUGGUGCAAUUGAUGGGAAGCAUGUUGGACUUAAGGCUCCACCACAUAGUGGUUCAACUUUUUAUAAUUAUAAAAAUAUGCAUAGCAUUGUACUUAUGGCACUCGCAGAUCCCAAUUCGUUUUACAGUGGUAGAUAUUGGUGCUGAAGGAAGACGAAGUGACAGCGGCAUAUUUCUGCAAAGUGAACUUUGGUAUCAGUUGAAACAUAACAAUCUUAAUUUACCAAAAGCAAAGUCUAUUUCAGAAAAAGGUCCUAAAUUACCAUACGUAGUAAUAGGUGAUGAAACUUUUGCACUAAUGUCCUAUAUGAUGCGUCCAUAUCCGCAAAAGAGCAAUUUAAAUAUACAAAAAAGAAUAUUCAAUUAUCGCUUAAGUCGUGCUCGACGAGUUGUCGAAUGUGCAUUCGGUAUAUUAACUUCGAAAUGGGGAAUUCUUAGAAAACUUAUUGAAACAGGUAUUGAUACAGCUAUUAGUAUUGUUCAAGCAACGGUUUGUUUACACAAUUUUUUAAUAACAAGAGAUCUUAUGCGUCCUAUGAAAGAAAGGACAUAUCUCGUACAAGAUCUACGAGAUAUUCUUUCACAACAAGUUGAUUCUCAAGAAUUGCAUAGCCUUGAAAAUAGCCUAGAAAUUAUAUCUCAAACUUGGAGUAUUGCUAGAAAUUUAUUUACGCAAUAUUUCUGUACAAAUGAAGCUAUUCAACAGCAGUGGGCAAAGGCUUGUACAAAUGAUUACUAAAUAAAAGUAAUAAAAAUAUA